AUGGAUUUUUUUUUUUUAAAUACGAACACCACCAGCUGGUUGGUUGCAACUUUCCUGAUCGAUUGUCCCCUGCAUCCUUUGAAUGGUACGGGCCGUUGCCUAGGUGCUAGUAGAAGCCAAUUCACCCCGCCACGCCUGGCUUCAGCAGUUAGCUUUCAUGUCGCCUUUACCUUUUGAAAGGGGAACUCGAGGACAGGAGACGUUCUCAUGGAUGAAUUGCAACAACAAUGGGAGUGAUGAAGUUUGAGGAUAUGCUGAUCUUUGCCACAUCAUUGCAAACUGAGUUGUGUUGUAUGGGAUAUCAUGUAGGCCAAAUUGUUGUUUAGGAUCAGUACUUUCACCAUUGAGGAAAAACUUCAUCAUUCACAGAUGCAGCUUCAUCCAACCUAAUGUAUGACCAUGGAUCAUGACGAGGUGCGGACAGAGCUGGACCAGAUUUCUAUGCGACUUCAGGAGGAUGGUUUGCCUCCAGGGGCCAGUGUGGAGGAGCGGCAGCGCCACCUGUGGCAGCAGCUGCUCACCAGGGAGGCAAAUCUUCAGUCAUCCACCCAGGAGCUGCAGACAUUACGUACCCAGCAGGCCAGUGAGAUGAAGGAGGUUGAGAACUAUGUUGCACAUAUUCGUGGGCUGCUGGAAGAGCGUGAGUUACUGACUUCAGACUAUGAGAGAGACAAUGAACACUUGCGACAAGAGCUUCACCAUAUCAGACAACAACAAGAGAGCCAGAGCAAGGAGCUGGCAGAGAUGUUGGCUCACGAGGACCUUGGGGAGAUAGGCUUGAGCAGCCCCAGUGAGCAGGUGGCUUACUUGCUGGUGGAGAGGGCCACACUAGUGGAAAGGCUGGAGGCUGCUGAGAGGAGACUGGAAAGUCAGAGCCUCACUAGCAACUUUAGGGAAGUCCAACACAAGGAGCAUAUUUGCUACACGAUGGGGGAGGAGCUAAGGCAGCAGACAGAGGAUAUGCAAAAAACCAUAGAUAACGUGACAAAGCAGUGUUCAUCCCAGAGUCCAUGGAAGAAGCUGUUUGGGCUGCGCAGGUCUGGUCAGAGCAAACACAAUAUUACCCCUGCCCACAGUGAGCAGAUUUCCCAGGAGCAAAAUGAGCGCCAGCGGCUGGAGCGGGACCUUGAAGAGGCGUCUAGAAGGCUGGCAAUGGCUCAUCAGGACAUCCGCAGACUCACCAAUGAGCUGGAUGCUGCCAAGCACAACAACAUAGACCUAAGUGGAUCUGAGCUUCAGGGAACGGCCCAGGAGGUAGAGAACCUGAGGAAGGAAGUGGAGAAACUGAAACACUGUGAUAUGAUGAAGCUGCAGCGAGCCAAAGAGCAAAAUGACAGACUAGAUGUGGAGAACAGAGCUCUGAGGGAGAGAGUCCGCACUUUAGAGUCUGAGAAGAAAAAUCUCCUGGACCAGUUGGCAAUACAUGAUGCAGACCAAGAUGUUGUAACCAAAGAGGAUCCAAAGGACAAGAGCAUUAGCAGUGAACCACAAAACAAUCUGUCUGGCUCGUCAGAAAAGGAUCACAUUCACAAACGGUGUCAUGAGGUGUUGGAAGACAGGCUUGUACAGAUUAGGGAGUUGCAACGCCAACUCCAGAGGCUGCGCAAGGAACAGGAAGAGCUGGAGGAGAGGAAUGAGGAGCUGGAGGCACUGCUAGGGGAGGCCCAGAACGCCAGCAAGGGGGAGAGGCAUCGCCACGAGGGUGAACUGGAGGGUCUGCACAGGAGGAUCAAAGGCCUGGAGGCAGAGCUAAAGAAGCAGGAUGUCCAAGAAAAAAUGCUGAAGAACGGAGAAGAGGUCAAAGCCACCGAGUCCUACUUACAGCUGCACCUAAGGGACAGCAGCCAGGAGAGGUUGGCUCUGCUAGAGGCUCGUCUGACUGAGGAGAAGGACUGGAGGAAACAGCUGGAGGUAGACCUCAGUGCUGCCCAGGCCGCCCUCAAAAAAGACAAGGAGGCUUUGCAGAUCGGUGAGCGAGAGCUGAAGAAGCUGAGACUUGAGGUCAACAGCCUUCAGACAGAAUGCCAACAAGGAAAAACGCUCAUCAAGAGCCUCACCCAAGUCAAGGGGGAAAAAGCAGUUCUGGAGGAAAAGGUGGCUCAGAUGGAGCGAGCCCAAAGCCGGCUCCAGAGCGAGCUGGAACACCACAAGGACAGUAACCGGACCCAGGAAGUCAAGAGGGAAAACAGGCUUCAGGUUGACCAGCUGCAAGAGCAGGCUGAUCGGCUAACUGCUGAACUUGGCAACCUCCAGACAGCACACAACACUUUGAGGGAGGAGAUGGUUUCUGAGCGGAUGCAGACUGCCAAGCUCCAGGCCAAGCUGAGCUGCAGUGUUCAAGAGAAACUGACAGCUGAGGGAGAAAGAGAGAGACUGGAGCUUGAGAUACAGCGCCUCAAAGAGCAGCUCAAGUGGCAUCAGGAGCAGCUCUCCUCAACAAAGGAAGCACUUAUCGGCAGCCAGAAGCCUGAAUUGCACACAGCUCAUGGAGAAUCUAGGCUUAGUCCAGUGGACUGGACCAAGGAUGAGGGCUUGGAUCAGCGUUUAUGUGUGAAGCAGGAGCUGAAUCAUCUGCAGACAAAGCUGGAGAAGGAGCGGCAGCUGUCUUCUCAGCACCAACUGGCCCUGCAGGCUCAGGUCAACGAAGCCCAGGCACGCAUCAAGUUCCAGGACUCGGUGCUAUGCCAGAAGACAGAGGAGGAUAAACAGAUGAAACAGGACCUGCAGAGGGCCCAGAGCCUGUUCACCUCAGCAGAGAGAGAGCUGCGCUACGAGAAGGAGAAAAACAUGGACCUGAAGAGACACAACACCCUGCUGGACCAGGAAAAACUCAAGCUUGGUGCAGAGCUGAAGCAGGUCCAGACCAAGCUGGUCCAGGUGGAGCAGAGCGUUCACACUCAGGUGGCCGAGUGUGAACGUCAGCAGCAGAAAAUCAGGGAACUGGAGUUGGAACUGGCACGCAACUCCACAAACCGAAGCACCACCACCAGUCUGCAGGAGGACCUGCAGGCCGAGAGGGCGAGGCUCAUUGCUGUUGACAAGAAGGUGUUGGAUCUGCAGCAGCAGCUAAAGACUGCCCAGCACCAGUUGCGCGUGGAGGAAGCCCGGGCUGGCGAGAGCAGCCGCCUAGAGAGAGACAGCCGGGAUCUGUCUGACAGCUUAUCAGCCCUCAGAGCCCAGCAGCAGGAGGAGCACAUCACCAGGAAGCUACUAGAGCAGCGCGAGGAGGAGCUGCAGCAGCAGAUGCGCUCCCUGAGGCUGAAGGAGUCCUCCAUGACAAGGACAAAUUCCGAGCUUUGCCACCGUAUCCAGCAGCUGGACACCCGUCUGGCAAUCCUGGAGGCUGAGCUUAGCAAGGCCCGAGAGGAGGCGAGAGACAGCCAAAAGUCAAGCCACAGACUGCAGGAGGACUUGAUGGCCAGUCAGCAGGAGUGUGACAGACUGCAAGUGGAGCUGCAGCAAGUUCUCCUCCAAAUGGACACACACGUCAGGAAGUACAACGAAAAGCAGAGUCAGCACAAGACCAAGCUGCGUCAGGCCAAGCACGUCUUUAUCAAGGAGACUGCACAGAGGGACCGCAUCAUCCAGAAACUGGAGAACGACCUUGCGCUGGCCACUAGCCUCUCACACAAGGAGAAGGAGAGGAUCCACACAGUGACGGAGGAAAAUGAGAAGCUUUUGGAGGAGAAGAGGGAACUGUUGCGGAAGAUCAGUGAGGCAGAGGAAAUGGGCAGCAAAGGCAUGAGGACCGCCUCCACUGUUCAACACAGGGUCAAUGUCUUAGAAGUGGAAAACAGACAACUUCAGGAUCGAACCAUGAAGCUCUCCAACCAAGUCAGUUCCUUAGAGCGUGCCCUGAGGAACGUCCAGUCAUUCUACAGCCUGGAGAAUGCCAAGAAAGUGCUCCCCUCUGAAAGUCUCUGUGAUGGCUUCCUACAUACAUCUACGCUAAGUUUGACAUCAGGUUCGUGUGACCCACUGGACAUUCUGGACGCAAUCUGCCGUGUAAAGGUGGGCGGCACUCAAGGGUCUGUCUCCACACACCAACCAUCAGAGCAGGGCUACCUGAAUCUCACCUCCCCAUUGGUUCCUCCAGACACUAAAGGCACAGAGGGGAGCUCUAAUAACAGUGAGCAGGUAUGAGAGGUGGUAGGUUUUGGCGGGUAACGUAUUGUGUAGUACUAUAGCAUCCGCCACUUCCACUGGAGACAAAAGUCAGAAUAAAGGAGUGAAAAAAUA